AUGCCCUCUCUCAAACCCACCAACUAUAAUCAAAUUCAACAUCCUUGUGUGAUCCAAUCGGUACAUAAUUUAUGCUCGAAAGGACGCCUCAAGGAAGCAGUGCAAUCGCUCGAAAAUUUAGCAAGUAAAGGUCUACGUUUGGACACGAGAUCUUUAGCUCUUCUUUUGCAACAGUGUGCGAAUUACAGAUCACUUAAAGAAGGAAAAUGGGUUCAUUUGCAUAUGAAUGUUACGGGUCGGAAGAGACCCGGUACGUUCUUGUCCAAUCAACUAAUUUACAUGUAUUCAGAGUGUGGGAAUUGGGUUUGUGCACGGAAGGUGUUUGAUAAAAUGUCUAUCAAAAAUUUGUAUUCUUGGAACAACAUGCUAUCGGGGUAUGCUAAGUUAAGGAUGAUGAAACCAGCUCAGUCCUUGUUUAACCAAAUGCAGGAGAAGGAUGUUGUGUCAUGGAAUACAAUGGUCAUCGGCUAUGCACACACCGGGCAUUAUAACAAGGCAUUGAAGCUCUUUAAAGAUUUGAGAAUGUCAAACAUUAGGCUAAACGAGUUCAGUUUUUCAGGUCUCUUAACCGUUUGCAUCCAAACAAAAGAGUUAAAACUCACAAAACAAGUCCAUUGUCAGGUAUUUCAUCUUGGUUUCUUAUCAAAUAUAGUACUUUGUAGUUCAAUCAUCGACAGCUAUUCAAAAUGUGGUGAGAUUCACAAUGCAAGGAACCUGUUCGAUGAAAUGCCUAAAAGAGACGUUCUUGCUUGGACCACUAUAGUUUCAGCAUACGCAAAGUCAGGUGACAUGAAAUCAGCUAACGAGUUAUUCAACAUCAUGCCAAACAAAAAUCCCAUAUCUUGGACCUCACUAAUUUCAGGAUACACAAGAAACGGUUUCCCAUAUGAAGCACUUAACCUCUUCACAAAGAUGAUAUCACAAAAAGUCACCCCAAAUCAGUUCACUUUCAGCAGCGCCCUAUGUGCUUCUGCUAGCCUCACUUCAAUCAAAAUCGGUAAACAAAUCCAUGGAUUCUUGAUAAAAUCACAUCUCACACCAAACACUAUAGUUCUUAGCUCCCUAAUCGACAUGUAUUCCAAAUGUGGAAGUUUACAACUUAGUCAAAUAGUUUUCAAUCUUGUCACUGAUACACGCAACACAAUUCUCUGGAACACAAUGUUAUCAGCUUUAUCUCAACAUGGUCAUGGAAAACAAUCUUUAGAGCUUUUCUCCAACAUGGUGAGAUCAAAAGUAAAACCAGAUAGGAUUACAUUUGUCAUACUUUUAAGUUCUUGUAGUCAUUCGGGACUUGUUCAAGAGGGUGUUAAUCUUUUCAACAAUAUGAUUCAAGAUCAUGGGAUUAGUCCUGAUGAAGAACACUAUGCGUGUUUGAUUGAUCUUUUGGGGAGAGGAGGGUGUUUUGAUGAAGUGGUGAAUUGUUUACAGAAGAUGAAAGUAGAACCUGAUGUCCGAGUUUGGAAAGCUUUACUUGGAGUUUGUAGGAUUCAUGGGAAUAUGGAAUUGGGGAUAAAAGCUGGUGAAAAGUUGAUUGAAUUGGAACCUGAUUCUUCAGUUGGGUAUGUUUUGCUUUCAGGGAUAUAUGCGAUUUCAGGGAAGUGGGAUUUGGUGGGAAAAGUGAGGAAGAUUAUGAAGGAAAGAGGUGUGAGGAAAGAAUUAGGGUUUAGUUGGUUGGAAAAUGAGAAAAAGUUUCAUGCUUUUAGUGUAUCGGAUAAGUUGAAUGGUUUUGAAGGUGAGGUUGAAUCGGUUUUGGAGAUUUUAGCUUCUGAAAUGGAAGAAGAUGAUGAUGAAUCUUUUCGUGAUAGUUGA